AUGUCCACGCGCAAUCAUGUCGCUCGCAAUGUACGACAGCGCAAGCUCAACACCAAGCAGGCGCUGCGCAUAAUUCGCGAGCAGGAUGUGCAAGACGCUGUCGACGACGAUGGCCAGCGGCAUACGCCCCAAGUCGAGACUGGCGUCGAAAAAGGCGAAGAAGGCGAAUACCACUUGCAAGCGGUAAUCAAUGCAGAGCGUGCCGCCGUACUAGGUGCAUCAACUCAGCAGAGCUACAUUCCAACACCCGAUGCCGUUGAGGCAAAAGGCGUCAAAUAUGACGAGCUGUAUCCCAAAGCCUUCAGAUCGCCACCUGCGACGUAUAUUCGUUUCAGUUCCACGGUCGAAGACUGUAUCGGCAUCACGUAUUGCAUGAAUGAGGAUGACGCAAAGUUCCUGGAGCAGCUGAACGAUGGCAAAGAUGUCAACGGCCAGCCUCUGAAGGAUAAGUCCAGCCAGUGUUCGGAGGACACGUUCGAAGAGGUGAUGAACUUCUUCGAGGAAUCCAGCGCCCGAAUGCAGCCUUUUGCCAAUCUCGAUGAUGCCCCAGUACUCAGUCUCGAGGAGAUGGAGCAGCAUCGCGAAGAAGCUUCCUUGUCCCAAGCAGCACAGCGGUUUUUGAAGCCGAUAUACCAGUAUUGGACAGUCCGAAAGGGCAGCCGCUCGUUGAUGCCCACCAUCAAGGUUCGGGUACUCGACACAACCAACGAAGCUGACGAUGCGGACCCGUAUGUCUGUUUCCGACGGCGUGAAGUGCGGCAGACUCGAAAAACCAGAGGUCGCGAUGCCCAGGUGGUGGAGAAGAUCAAGAAGCUGCGGUUAGAGCUUGAGCAGGCACGGCAGCUUGUGCAGAUGAUCACAGAGCGUGAGAAACUCAACGCUGACAACCUCGACAUCUCUCGCAAAGUCUUUGAGCAGCGCAAGCAACUCAAAGAUGUCAAGAUUGCCAAGAACAUCAUUGGCGAAAAGGGCGAGGACGAAGAGUUGCUCGUCAAUCAAAAGCCUGUGCCCAAGCCAAAGGCAAGACCUGAUGGCCAGCGACCACCCACGCUUAGGCUGCGUUCGGGUGGAGAUCGUUCGGCACCAGACUCUGACCUUGAUCUCCUGUCUGACCGGCAAGCUGAAGCAGAAGCCCAUGUCAACCAUACGAUUGAGAGUCGCAAAGAGCAGCACCGUCGGUGGAACCAGCACUGGGAGGACAAGACGUGGAAUCCCCUCACGCCGCCACCAGAGCCGGACGAGUCAAACCUCAAAUGGGGCUUCCUGUCUCCCGAAGGACCGUGA